AAGUUACCCACAGGAUUCGACCCUUCACUUCUAAGCAGUGAGUUUGAGGAUGCAUCACAAGAUCGGCAGAGAAUUUCUGGCACUUUGUCAUUACAUGGUUUAAGGCGUAACGAGUAUGGUUCAUCACCACCUACCAGAGGGGAGUUUGGAAACUAUUCUCGGGGAACUCAUGGGAGGUGGGACAGUCGCCCUAGUGGACGGAGUGAUAGAGAUAGUGACUCGCAAUCUGAUUGGGAUUCAGAUAGGGCAGAAGAGGAAAGAAAAAGAAGAGCUUCCUUUGAGCUGUUUAGGAAGCAGCAACAAAAAGAAUUUCAAGAAAAGCAAAAGGUCAAUCCAGAAAGGCGUAAAGAUGACUUUGAUUUUAGUGAAUUACUAGAGGACUCUAAAGAUGAGAAGGGACAUCUAAAUGAAACCAAGGAACUAGAUGGACCUGCAACAUCGUUGGCUCCAGAAAAUGAUUCUGAAAAAUCUUCUCUUCCUCUACAAGCUCCUGCAGCCAGGCCUCUCGUACCCCCAGGUUUUACAAGCACAAAUAUGGAAAGAAAUUUUGGAACAAAAACUGCAAUUCAUU